AUGUCCUCCAACGACAGGGUCUCCAAGACGGCAAACACGACGGGCGACCAGGCCGCCGGCGUCGCAAAGUUCACAACCAGCACGCUGGGCAACGUGGUGGGCGGAGUGGCGCGGACCGUGGGCGGCGUAACGGGCGCCGCGACGAGGGGCGUGGGCGACACCAUCUCGGGCGCCACGGGGGACGCGGGCAAGCCCGUCGGCAAUGCGCUGGGCUCCCUCGGGACCGGCGUCGAGAGCGGCGCGACGGGCGUGGCCAAGGGCGUCGAGGACGCGGGUCAGUGGAAGUAG